AGUUUCGCUGACCACGGCGCUCCUGGUCUGUUAGCCGUUUCUCAGAAAGCAAAAGGUUUGCCUUCGACAUUAUCAUGCAGUCAUCCAUAGUUGUAUUUUCAGCCGUCUUCGCGGCGGUGCUAUUAGGCUUGGCUUCAGCCGCAGAUGUGCUUCCACAACAACGAGAGAGAAGAGCCCCAUCAAAUGAUCUAGAGGGAUUCGAACCGGCAACCUGGGAUGGUACAGAUGACGUAGAUGACUUCAGACCAAAUGAAUAUGCGAAAAGGAUAGCUGAUAACGACUUUGCCGCCAUGCGACACGAGCAACGAACGAAUUCCUUAAGGCGAAACCGGGUACUCCAGGCGAUGAACGAAAUGUUUGCUAAAGCAGGAAAACGCUCGUACAAUGAUAAGAGAUCACUAGCACAGAAUGACUAUAUGAUGGUUAGACAGGAUCUAGCCGAAGGAAGGCUUUAUCGAUCACUACUCGAUAGGAUGUUAUCGGAAGCCGGGAAACGCUAGGCUUCAUCAUCAGUCGUCAGGACCAAGAUAGUUUAAAAAAUAACUUCUUCAAUCCUUCCAAACACGUCCAUGGUAUUAUAACCCUUAACUGUCAUGUUAUGUGAGAAACUCUCCUCGAAGUUGCAUCGGGCAUAUUUUUAUUAAAAUAUCACUCUUUCAAACCGGAAAGAGGAUUACCGGAAAACUUUCGCAAAUACUCAUGAUGAGAAUGAACAACGGUUUAUUCUGAGAAUACUUUUCUCUGUUAUUUAACAUAUUUUUGCUUCAUGUACCAGCUUCCUUUAACUUUCUUCGAAUAAGCGUGAAGUGUACUAAUUAUGCCCAUAUAAGAGAAAUAAAGAGAUGGCACUAACACGUGAAUAUAAAGAAUUAUGCAAUGAAAUGUUAAAAAACACUUGAUAUUGUAUGAGUCAAUUAUUGUUUAUCAUAAAUUCCUGUUAUAAAGUACACUCUUCUACUGACACUAGUGAGACACGAAUAUCAUGAAGAGGUCGUGAAAUAUAUCAGGUUUAAAUGUUUAAAUGAAAGUACAAAAGUUUAAGUGGUUGCAAAUCAUAAAUGGCUUGUUGAAAUUGCUCUCAACCGUACUAAAUUUAAUGUAUUAAAAUGCAAUAGCAAAUUAAAACAGUCAUUACUCUCUCCGUUUGCAGUAUAUUACCUCGAUAUUUCGCUCAACGUUUAAGACCCUCUGGCACAUGUCAAGUGCCAUCUUAGUUGAUGAUUUACUUUAAAUAACACCUUUUUCUACUUCAGUUAUCACAGCGUAUCAUGAAGUGUAUUGUGAAUAAAAUGGAUAACUAUUAAGAAAUAUUUAUGGAAGAGAAAACAAUUCUCUUUUCAUCAUAAAAGAUGUCUUUAUAAGGAUAAUGAUUAUGUUAUAGCACUUUGGGGUAUAUCCUAUAGUACACGAAUAGAGCUAUAUUCCUUUUUUAUUGAAACCACGUAAUGUAUAGAUUCGUGGAUACCAACAUGAAAUUAUUCGGCGACAAUUUCUAUCCAAACAGGAAAGAAAUAUGUAUACAUCUACAUGAAGAAUGUAAAGUCUACAUCCACUAUCAUUGUUUAUUUAAAUUCUUAAUGCUGUGUGUACGCUGUUUUUUUUUUGUUAAUUCAACAAUGUAUUUGAUGUUAAAGUCUAUUAAGUGCUUAUAUGAAAUAUAAGUAAUGGAAAUAUAUUAGUAUAAUUUAACAUUUCAUGCCCUUUUUCAUCUGACUGCAAAUUAAAGAUAUUUGGGCAAACGUUUUGAUUUUAGCUUCAAACUGCCAUUUUAACAUUUAUAUUACAAAUUCACUAAACGCAUAUCAAUAAACAGCAGAAACAUUUAAUAAGCAUUUUCAGUCUAACCCAUGGUUGAUAUAUUGUCUUGUACCAACCAAGGAAAAUGCAUUUUUUUUUAAUCAUUCCGGUCAGAAUUCGAAGUGUUGAGAAAACAUCAUAUUUUAUUUUAUGUGAAUAUAAAUAGCUUUAUCUUUUUCUUUUUCAAUAUCUCUCACCAUCUUGUUUUCCCAUGUAUUUUAUUCAUAUCCUUAAAUUUACCUACUUUUUUGAACCGUUAAUAUCAAUAUAGAAAAAGUAUAUAGCAUUAAAGUAAUUGUUUUCUUUACGUUAACUAAUAUUGAGGAAGAUUUGAUACACAGAAACAAACGUUAUACUCGUUAUGCUGGUAUAUAACUAGUUCAUAUGUUUCUUGUGUUUUUUUUUCAAAUGAUAGACGCAGUAUUGUGAGAUAUAUAAUUAGGUACCCGCGCCUCCACACUAUACUACGCAUCGGAAUUCAGUUAUUGAUUAGGAUGUAUUUUUAAGCAGAUUGGACCCUGCCAAACACCAAGAUAGUGAUAGUUUAUCCUGAAGUAUGAGUUAAAAUUUCGAGUUUUAGUUUUGAAAUAUUUAUCACUGAAAGUUUUCUUAAAUGUUUUGAUGUGCAGGAAUAACAAUCCCACCAUGAAUUUAA